AUGGCAACUCGGCAAGCAGUGAGAGCGGUGAAUCUGCGCAGUUUAUCGACGUCUGUAUGCAGUAGCAGUAGUAGAAUUGCAGUUAGAGCGCCGCCAGUCGAAGCCAAAGGGAAGCGUAGCGUGAAUAGCGCAGAGAAUAUCACAGAGAAUAUCACACAGGAAUCUUCUUCACUGCCACCAUUUAACGCAAAGGAAUGGGCUUCGUCGGUGCCCGUGCGUGAAUCUUCUCUCGUGGCUCUGGGACACAGACUCGGACUGAGUGUCGAAAUUGACGAAAUAGAGAAGGCGUGCACUCAUGCGUCAUUCAGCGAGUCAUCCAACAACGACGAAUUACAAUCCAUCGGCAACACAUUCCUUGGACUCGUUGCAACUGAACACCUCCACCUCACCUACCCAAAUCUACCACUCAAGCCGCUCAAAGCAGCUGUCAGCAUGCUUGUUGGUCCCAAGACUUGCUCUGCUGUUAGUCGGGAGUGGGGUGCGCACUCGUCGCUGAGAUGGAGACGCGAAUCAACCCACGGCCUUACUCUCCACGAAGACGCCAUGGCUAGUCUGAGCAAGAGUGUCGUUGGUUUGGUACUCAAGCAUGGAGGUGUAGAGAAAGCCUCUCACUUCGCCAAAGCUUUCUUCCUUUCCCGCUCCCUCGACCUUCGCUCACUCCUCAAGUUUGAAAACCCAGUAACCAUAAUCAACCAGACUGCCACCAAGUUUGGCUACAGCGGAGUAGAUGUGAAGUUGCUCAAGGAGACAGGAAGAUAUACGCAGUCGCCCGUUUACAUUGUCGGCGUAUUCGCUGACGAUAAUAUCCAACUCGGUGAAGGAUUCGGAUCUUCGCUCAAAAUGGCUAAAUAUCGCGCUGCUACUAACGCACUGCACCAGCUUUAUCUCCACGUACGUCCAGAAGUAUCACUGCCUAGCUCCACCCUCUUUGAAAAUGGUGCGUAUAAAUCCGCUCCACUCGGUAAGAGUGAAGUGUUGUUUAAAUCUGCAUAA